AUGACUGCUCCAGCAAUUCGGAUUCCCUUCACGGGCCCUCUACCUCCGCCGAUUAUUGUCCCUCCGUCCGCACGCACGGUUGCAGGUGCCAUUGAUGCGCUCUUAACCUUUUUGACGGCCCCUCCGUCGCCGCAUCUGCGCGGCGUUGAUGUAGGCAGGCAUUCCCAGACGGUGCUCUUGACAGGCGCUGGCAUCUCGGUAGCUUCAGGCUUAUCCGACUAUCGGGGGGAGAAUGGCACGUACAUCACAAACAAGACGUAUCGACCGAUCUACUACCACGAGUUCGUCGCUCGCCAUGAGUUUCGCAAGCGAUACUGGGCGCGGAGCUUCAUUGGGUGGCCAGGACUCCUGAAGGCGAAGCCAAAUUCGACACACUGGGCUAUAAAAGAUAUUGGUACGAAAGGCUAUAUCAGUUCAGUGGUGACCCAAAAUGUCGACUCCUUCCAUUCUGUCGCACAUCCCGAGCUGCCCACUCUCGAACUCCAUGGCUACUUACGCUCUGCGGUCUGCAUCAAUUGUCGAACUGAAGUUCCGCGGGACGAAUUUCAACAGUCGCUUGAGAGACUCAACCCUGCCUGGGCAGAGUUUCUCAAGAAAAUGGUCGAUAUUGGUGCGCUGAAUGCGGACAAUCCUGAGGAGCAGAGACGGAGGGGCUUGAAAAUCAACCCGGAUGGCGAUGUAGAUUUACCAGAAGCCCCUUACUCGACCUUUCGGUAUCCAGCAUGUCCAACCUGUUUGGAAAAGCCACCCCGGCUGCAAGACGGGUCCCAAUCCCGGGUGGAGGUAGAGCGAGAUGGGGCUUGGCUUCCAAUUUCUACAGCGGGAAUUCUGAAGCCGGCGGUUAUUAUGUUUGGAGAGAAUAUCGACCCAGCCGUCAAGGUGGGUGCAGAAGAGGCCAUCGACGAUGCGGGCAGACUCCUUGUCCUGGGCAGUAGUCUCGCCACAUACUCAGCAUGGCGCCUAGUGGAACGGGCCUAUAAGCGAGGGAUGCCGAUUGGCAUCAUCAAUAUAGGAGGUGUCCGGAAUGAGUCGAUCCUCUUUAGCAAGGCGGAGCAAGAAACGGAGGCUGUAUGCCGGCAUGUCCGUUGCAGUCUCCCGUCCCAGGACAUUCUAGGCCCUGUGGCAGCACAACUGCCUUCACUUACUCGUCAUUAG